ACUCCCAGAGGGUCUUGCGUGAGACGACCAGCGGGUCCCCUUGCCGGAAGUCCACUCUAGUCCUGCGCCCCGAUCUGCAGCCGGAGCCGGACCCUCACAGUUGCCACGGGACCAGGGCCGCUGGAGUCCGGACGGGGGUCGCCAUGAUCCGCUUCAUCCUCAUCCAGAACCGGGCGGGCAAGACCCGCCUGGCCAAGUGGUACAUGCAGUUUGACGAUGACGAGAAACAGAAACUGAUUGAGGAGGUGCAUGCGGUGGUCACUGUCCGCGAUGCCAAGCACACCAACUUUGUGGAGUUCCGGAACUUUAAGAUCAUCUAUCGACGCUACGCCGGCCUCUACUUUUGCAUCUGUGUGGACGUCAAUGAUAACAACCUAGCCUACCUGGAGGCCAUCCACAACUUCGUGGAGGUCUUAAAUGAAUAUUUCCACAACGUCUGCGAGCUGGAUCUGGUGUUCAACUUUUAUAAGGUCUACACGGUUGUGGAUGAGAUGUUCCUGGCUGGGGAGAUCCGGGAGACCAGCCAGACAAAGGUGCUGAAACAGUUGUUGAUGCUGCAGUCUCUGGAGUGA